CUUGGAAAAUGUUGUUCGGACUAAGCGUCAGCCAAUCUUUGCGGUGGUAGUUUGGGGAGCUUCUUGUUAGUUCGAGAACCCGCAUGUGACUGUAAGUUGUAAGUUGUGCUAAGCGGGCAGUGCCUUUGCUUUGCUUGCAGGCAGGAGCGAGGUGCGACGGACAACAACGAUAAAGGAAGGAGCGAGAGAGAGAGAGAGGGCGGGAAAUUUAAAUUUGGGAACAAGUCGAGCAUUACGUUUUUAAUGUGCAAGGCGGAAGGGGGAGAGAGAAUAAAAGUAAGGGGGAGAGAGAAUAAAAGGAAUAUUUUUUUACAAAAACAUCGAGCUGGCAACACCACAUAAGCGCGUCGCGCAUGAAGCGUCGGGCAGCAUAUUAUUUGUGUGUGUGUGUGUGUGUGUGUGUGUGUGUGAUGAAAUGACAUUUCCUGCUUAAGUGGACUUGAAUGAAAGAAAGAGCACCAAUCUGAGAGAGUAACAUGACACUAAGAUUUAGCAGUUGGGUGUCGUGUACUUUUGCACUAAUUCAAAACCCUCUUUUCGUUAUAUCAUUUGUGUGUGUGUGUGUGAUGAAAUGACAUUUCCUGCUUAAGUGGACUUGAAUGAAAGAAAGAGCACCAAUCUGAGAGAGUAACAUGACACUAAGAUUUAGCAGUUGGGUGUCGUGUACUUUUGCACUAAUUCAAAACCCUCUUUUCGUUACCUAUCAGCCAUCGCGCCUGAGCCCCGCCUGACGUUGCCGCUACCCGUUGCAUCUUCUCGCGACGCCUCUGACAGCAAGUGGCAUGAGCCAUACCUCCCUUCCACCUUCCGUCUCCUGUAGUGACGCUUCCGCCUGUGGCAUGAGCGAUACCUCCCUGGCCUUUCAUCGUCAAGAAGCUAACUCGUCCUCCUUCCAAGGCCCCUUUUUUUAACCGGCUGUGUACGUUUCCCGAGGUGUCUAGGCAUCUUCUAUUUAACAGAAAAGAGGUGAAAGAAUAGCAUCAUGCCUCUGUACGAUUGCCUCCUUUUAGCAAAGCCUCAUGUCUCCAAGCAGGCGUUGGUUGAGAUGGUUGGGCGAAUUGGGAGUCGGGUCUUUCUCCGGAAUGGUGUCCUUACUGACAUCAAAUCUUUUGGCACCAUCCAGCUUGCUUAUGGUAUCAAGAAACUUGACGGACGCCAUUUCCAGGGACAACUGAUGCAAAUGACCAUGAUGGUACCUCCCACAUUUAACCAGGAGCUACACUACUUGAAUAAGGAAGAUCGUCUAUUGCGAUGGCUUGUAGUGAAACACAGGAAUACAAUGUACGGGCAGGAGUUCAUUAACGAGGACGAAGGGACAAAUGAGCUAAUGCAUCAAAAAGGUGGCUUGUUUAGCAAAAGGACUGCUGCAGACGGAGAUGAAGACGAAGACGAAGAUGACGACGAUGAUGACGAUGAUGGUGAUGAAGAGUAUGAUUUGGAGUAGAAAACUGUCAUCUCACAAUAAAGCAUAUUAUCAGUUCAAGUCCAUGGAUUUGUGAAUCGAGAAUAGCAUGAUUUGGACUAAAUUCACAUUUGGCUCUUGAAAGUUUGCCUCUUUAUGGAUGCUUUAACUGCAAGAGGACUUGAUUUUGUAGGAAAUAUUUGGUGUUUUUCUUCUGUAUUUCACUACUUAUUCAAAACUUCUCUUUGGUUAGAAUUCAUUGAA